AUGAGCCAAGAAACAUUUCUGAACCGUGGAAAAAUUGAGUAUUGUGUCCAAUUGAAGGAAGCAGCUGAGGCUGAGUAUAAUUCAUUGAUCGAGAAUGGGUACACGGGAACUUGUUCUGUUACCAGAAGGAAAGAAUAUCAUUGGGUUUUUAAAGUUAAGCAAGAUGCAAAUGGAUCUGUACAACAGUAUAAAGCACGACUCACAGCACAAGGAUAUUCACAAGCCAAAGGUGUUGAUUACCAAGAAGUAUUCUCUCCAGUUGUGCGAAUCACCUCCGUUAGAUCUUUAUUGGCACUUGCAAACAUGUGCAAUUGGGAAAUUCAUCAGAUGGACGUGAAAACAGCCCUUUCUUCAAGGUGAUCUUGACGAGGAGAUUUACAUGAAACAGCCAGAGGGUUAUGUAAAUAAAGAAAAUUCAAAUCUUGUUUGCAAAUUAAAGAGAAGUCUGUAUGGUUGACUUUGAAGCAAGCUGUCCGGUGCUGGAACUCAGCAAUUGAUAGUUUUUUGAAGUCAGAUGGUUAUAAACAAGUUGGUGCUGAUCCUUGUUUGUACAUUAAGUCCAUAAAGCAACCAAAUGGCAAGAUCAACUUUGUGAUUUUAUCCAUCCAUGUUGAUGAUAUCUUGUUGUUUUCCAACAACAUUGAUAUGUUAAAUGAAGAGAAGCUAUCAUUUGGUACACAAUUCAAGAUUGAAGAUUUAGGUGAAGUCAAGUAUCCUGGCAAAAAUUAUUGUGGACACCAUGCGCAUCAAACAUAAAUAGAUGUAUUUCUACAGAAUUAAUCCCCAGAAAUUUUCUCCCCCUCCUACCCCCAAUUCAAUGUUGGUAAAUGAAACUUUUAAAAUUUAAAUGUGCGAAACAACAUUGAAUAGGGGGCAGGUGGCGACAAAUUUCAUGAAAGAACAUCUCAAUGUUAAUAUUGGCAUUAGAAAAGUUAGGUGUCCACAUAAUUUUUGCCAGGAUUCUCUGAAAAUAACCUAAAAAAAUAUCGAUAAUUUUCGCCCAAAGCAGGCGUUUUACUAUACAUUUUCGAUGCUGCCAUUGCUUUAGGAUAACAAACAGAUUGUUUAACCCAUUAAGCGCCAGCGCUCUCCCCUUGAUGAGUAAAAUCAUCUGGUGUUAGACAGAGUAAAAUACAAAAGAAGGGUGCAUCAGGGUGCAAUGCAACUCAAUGGGUUAAACUGGUUUAAUUUUUUUAAAAGCAUAUUUAUAAUUUUGUGGGUGAGCAGCUUUGGUCAUGAUUUAUAUGCUUUGAUGAAUAAUUAUGCAGACGCAGUAAGACGAGUUUUCAACAAAAGUACUUUAAGUGCAUAACCAAAUCCACAUCAAAUAUAACAGACUAUAAAGACGAGUUUUCAACAAAAGUACUUUAAGUGCAUAACCAAAUCCACAUCAAAUAUAACAGACUAUAUGGUUGUUUUAGUGUAUACGCAUCCGAAGCGCUCACUAUUUUCAGAUUUCUUUAUAACAAACGCAGCCCAACAGCGACUGUAGAGCCGCCUUUAAUCUAACAGUGACGUCACACGGUACACGGCUGUGUAGCAUGGUGAUUAAAAGAUUUAAGCUGUGUAUUCUUUACUAUACGCUGCACAAGUGUGUACCGUGUGACGUCACUGUUAGAUUAAAGGCGCUCUACAGUUGCUGUUGGGCUGCGUUUGUUAUAAAAAAACUGAAAAUAGUGAGCGCCUUGGAUGCCUAUACACUAAAAGAACCCAAUAGUCUGUUAUAUUUAGUGUGAAUUUGGUUAUGCUACACAGCCGUGUACCGUAUCAAUUUACUAAACUAUCAAAAUAGCAUUACUUAUGUUACUUAAGUUUCCACAUGGGUUCGGUGAUUUACUUAUAUUUAUUUUGUAUGUUUUCCUCGUAUUUUACAACGCUUUUUCGAUUCAAAAACUAAAUCAAGACAACAUGUGUUCAAUAUCCGGGCAUUUUCCCGUUACAUCAUACUAUAACAAGUUCCAGUAUCUAUUUUCCGGGUACUAAUUCCGGUGGGGUACACCUACACAUUUAUACAGUUUUAUACCAUUAUAUUGUAUGAAUUCACAGGAAUAUCAUGCUGCAAACCCAUUGCAAAAUGUUGCAGGCUAGCAAAGGAUCUGCAUUUUGAAAUGCAUGUAUUACCAAUAAUGUGAAUGAUUCACGCUCAGGAACUGAAGAUAGAUCCGCUUGGCGGUAAGUUCUGAGGUAAACAAACCUCGCAUUUUUGGCUGAAAAUUUUUGCGCUCAGUUUUGACUAAGUAUACUAAGACGAUCAUCGUUCUCUACAAUGUUCAAUAAUUUGUUAUACGAAAAUAUUGCUUUGUAGAGUGGUAAUUGUAUAAAUCCAGAUAAUACGUAAAAAGCCCCUUGACAUGUAAUGUGAUAGGUGACACUUAACAUAGAUCAGAAAGUUAAACUAAAUAUAACCUGAUUAACUAAUUGUUUUGCCCCUUUUGCUCAACAAACAAGCCUAUUUUCCCAUUGUAUCGAGCCUUAAAUUCAUGAAAAUGGACGGUUUGAAAUAUGUGAUAAUUUCAGACAAUCCUGGCAAAUAUUAUUGUGGACACUGCGUGCAUCAAACAUAAAUAGAUGUAUUUCUACAGAAUUAAUCCCCAGAAAUUUUCUCCGCCUCCUACCCCCAAUUCAAUGUUGGUAAAUGAAACUUUUAAAAUUUAAAUGUGCAAAACAACAUUGAAUAGGGGGCAGGUGGCGAUAAAUUUCACGAAAGAAUGUCUCAAUGUUAAUAUUGGUGUUAGAAAAGUUAGGUGUCCACAUAAUUUUUGCCAGGAUUGUAGCAGGGAACACUGGCAAGGUGUUAAGACAAUUCUAAGAUAUAUCAAGGAACAAGCAAUUAUGGUCUUAUCUUUCAAGCUGAAGAUAACAAAAAAGAAUUUUAGCUGGUUACUCAGAUGCGGAUUGGGCUGGUGAUAUUGAUACAAGAUCGACAUCUGGGUAUGUAUUCCAAAUUUGUGGCAGUACUGUCAGCUGGUGCAGCAAGAGACAAUCGUCUGUGUCAAGAUUGUCAACCGAAGCCGAAUAUAUAGCACUAAGUGUGGCAAGUCAAGAAGUUGUGUGGCUAAGUAGAUUAUUGAAAAAUGUUGGAGUGAAGCAAGAAGAACCAAUUCUUAUAUACAAAUAUAACCAAGGAGCCAUCGAGUUAUCAAAAAAUCCCAAAUUUCAUAAUCGUACCAAACACAUUGAUAUAGCAUACCACUUCAUUCGAGAAAAAGUGAAGGACAAAGUUAUAUAUGUUAAAUACUGUGAGACAGAACAAGUGCUAGCAGAUAUAAUGACUAAACCGUUGUCAAAAGCAUUGUUUGAAAAAUUCAGAGACAAGUUAGGUGUUGAAGAAGUACAUUGA